AUCUCGGCUUAGUCUGAAAAACCAAACACAGAAAAAUAAUACCAUUCCUUAGAUUUAAUUCCAUUCUAGCUCUGAUCAUGUAAACCAAUCGUUAAGGGGGGAAACUCAUUCUUCUUAUACGACCUCUGCCCGAAUCGAAAUUCUCUUUCUCGCUGUGUGCGUGUGCGAAUUGAUGGAUAAAGAGAAAGUUGCUGCAGCCGCCACGGACGUCACAACUUCGUUGCAGAAGCUCGAUUUGAAUCGGAAUUCCAAUUCCAAGUCUACCGGUAUUGGUCGUUUCAGUGUUGAUUUAGGAUUAUAUCUUGAGAAGACUAGGCCUCCAACUUUAGUCAGCUUAUGUCUUGGAGUUAUUGGGAUGCAUUUUGAGGACAUCAUUGCAGACUUGGGUGAGAUUGCUAUCGGCUUUCCAGCAGAUAUUAAGAUGGCAAUGGCAGCGAUUGCAAGAAGAAGGAAAUUACUGAAUGAUGAUGUCAUCAUCUCUUUGGCUGAUAGCUCUUGGGAACGCCUUGACAUAUCCAACUCUGAUGUUUCUGAUUUUGGCUUAGCAAAAGUGGCAAAGUUAUGCAAGUUUCUUCGGUCUGUUGACAUAAGCCGAUGUGGUAAAGUUACUGCUGUUGGUGUUUCUGAACUUGUGCAGCACUGCCGUUCAUUGGAAAUAUUGAGAUGCGGAGGGUGCCUGAGGAGCGAUGAAACUGCACGUAGAUGCUUGGGUAUUUUGAAACCAAAGCUGAAUGAUGUGGAGGGAGAGUCAUGGGAAGAACUUGAUGCCACAGAUAUUGCUCAUGGUGCAGAGUCACUGCAAUGGCUUGUGUGGCCAAAGAUAGACAAUGAUUCAUUGGAGAGUUUGGCAACUGAAUGCCCACGAAUCAGAGUAAAUCCCAAGGCAUCACCCUUUGGUUUUAGAGGGAAAGAGAUUCCAAGAGAAGCAUUACCAAAUAUUGCAUUGGAUGAUCUAGUCAUCAAGGAUGUUGAUCCAAAAACUUGGGCGGUUAGCGGGUUUACACAGAGGGUCAUGUUCCCAUCUAUUUCAAGCGCUAAUGAAUUGCACAUUGCUGAGAAGUUUAGGCUUGCAUUUUUGCAAAGAGACACUCGAUUAGCACCCAAGCGAGCAAAGAAUGCAAGGCAACAUCAGCGGCGUGCAGAAAGAGAGUGGAUGAUGGGGAAUACAAGUGCCAAGGCAGUUGCUCUGGCCUCACAAGUGAGCAGAUCUCUACACAGUUAGAACAAGGAGAGUUGAUUUUUUUUUUUUUUUCGAGGUUGGGGAAUGGGUCGGAGCUGAGUUGGGACAGUCCUUGUGUUUUUGUGUGUUUUGGGUUGUAUAUUAUGUACUUUAAAAUAUGUUUAGUGUGAUUUUAUAUGGAGGGGAAAAUUACAACAUAUAUAGGUAUAUGAUAUAAUUGGUCUCUUUGAGUAA